CAUUCAAGAAUUGUCAGCAAUUGUCAGUUACUAGCCUAACCUUUAUUUGUCUUUUUCAUUUCUUCGUAAAAGUUGAAAUUAUUAAACGUUUUUCUCCUUUCUAAAAAGUUUGUACAAUGGCAUUAGUAGCUGCUUUAUCACAAGAGAAAUUUUGGUUUGAUAAAUCAAAAUAUGACGAUGCAGAAGCUGCAUAUUACCAAAAGUCAGCUCAGGUAAUUAAUACUCCUUUGGCUAAUGAAGUAGCUAAAGCGAGGCAACAACUUUUAGAAAUUAGAAAUCAAUUUCCAGAUCCUCUUCAAUUACCAACACCUACUUCUGCUCCAAUUGAUACCAGUGCCUUAAAGUUUUUUGAAAAGAAAAUGGUUGAAUUUCAUAAUGUUAUCAGCAAUUUCGAAAGCCGAUUUAAUGCAAUUGAAUCAAGACUAAUAGGUCUGGAGAAUACUCUUAAACAAACGCCAAGUGAAUGUAAACUAAGUUCAAAUGUUAAACCAGUUAGUAUCCCUUCAAAAGUUGAAUCAAAAAAAGAUGCAGAUGAUGAUGUAGAUCUUUUUGGUUCUGAUUCAGAAGAAGAAAAUGAAGAAGCAGUCAAAAUAAGAGAAGAAAGGUUGGCAGCUUAUAAUGCCAAGAAAUCCAAAAAACCUCAACUUAUUGCAAAGUCAAAUAUUAUUUUGGAUAUUAAACCAUGGGAUGAUGAAACAGAUAUGAAGAAAAUGGAAGAAGAAGUACGUAAAAUUGAAACUGAUGGUCUCAUAUGGGGAGCAGCAAAACUUGUUCCUUUGGCUUAUGGGAUUCAUAAACUUCAAAUAUCUUGUGUUGUUGAAGAUGAUAAAGUUUCUGUAGACUGGCUUCAAGAAGAAAUCGAGAAACUUGAAGAUUAUGUCCAAAGUAUUGAUAUUGCAGCUUUCAAUAAGGUCUAACACCAAUAAUCCUUUGAAUAUUCCAUUCACAUUAUAGCCAAUUUUCAAUUCAGUUAAAACUAUUUGACAAAAUCAUGUAUGAUCAAUUUAUUUCCUUAAUUAAAUGAAGUGAUAUUUU